CCCAGAGGAGAGGACCACUCGACCCCUCUCUCUCAGUGCAACGAUCAAGUAUUUUCAUAGCUUUGCUUGGUUAGUGUAUGUCAAAUGUCUGACCAGAGCAAGGGUAUUUGGGAGAGUCGCAGCGCUCCAAAACGUACGUAAAUAAACUCAGAAUCGCCGUGGCUCCCUGUCAUGCGCAAUGUUGCGUUACACUGCUGCCAUGUUGGAUCAAGCUGUCGAUGUUGCUGUCUGAGUUACGAUGAAAGUUUAGAUUUUUGAGACAGUGGGACACCAGAGCUAACUGGCUUUUUUUUGGAAGUCGAAGGAACAUCUGCACCGUAUUUCAGACUCCCUGAACAAGUUAGGGAUUUUACGUUCACCUCGCUUCGUCCGCAACAAACCUGCACCCAUGAGAGGGUCCGGUUGCAGGCCACGGUGAUCAAUGACUGCCUGUCUCUAAUUUUCUCUCUUUUGGAGUUCGCAUUAUUCUGUUUUUGAUUGACAAUUAAGUAUGAGUGGUCAUCCGCCGCCUCGGCGGCCAACGAAUAUCGGAUCCAUACUCCUUACCCCGCAAGAAAACGACAGUCUCUUCAAUCAUCUGGGCAGGAAAUGCAGCACCCUAGCCUCCGGAGUGGUGCAGGUGUUUAUGGGCGAGAGGAAUGGCUGCUGGACGAAGAGGUGCUGUGGUGUGGCCUGUCUGGUCAAAGACAACCCCGCGAGGUCCUACUUCAUCCGGAUCUUCGACAUCAAGGAGGGAAAGACCUUGUUUGAGCAGGAACUCUACAACAACUUUGCCGUCACUCCCUCCAGGACCUACUUCCUGACGUUCGCCGGAGAUACAUGCCAGAUUGGCCUGAACUUCGCCAGUGAGGAAGAGGCCAAACGCUUCCGCAGCGCCACCACAGACCUGUUGUCAAGGCGACAGAGGAAAACCGAGAAGAGACGUGACCCACCAAAUGGACCUGCCUUGCCAAUGGCCACCGUGGACAUCAAGAACCCGGAAAUCAACAACAUGCGUUUCCAUAACAACUCCCAGAUGAACAACAUUGUCCACAGCAACUUCAACAAGAAGGAGAAGAAAGCCAAGGGCAAGCGGAAGAAACUGACCAAGGCGGACAUUGGCACACCCAGCAACUUCCAGCACAUUGGACAUGUGGGCUGGGACCCAAACACAGGCUUUGAUUUGAACAACCUGGACCCCGAGCUGAAGAACCUCUUCGACAUGUGCGGCAUCUCGGAGGCCCAGCUCAAAGACAAGGAGACGUCCAAGGUCAUCUACGACUUCAUCGAGAAGAAGGGUGGCGUGGAGGCUGUGAAAAAUGAACUCCGCAGACAAGCCCCCCCUCCUCCACCCUCACGUGGAGGUGCCCCCCCACCUCCUCCACCCCCCCACCACAGCGGCGGUCCCCCACCCCCUCCACCCGCACGCGGCCGCGGAGCACCACCCCCUCCGCCCUCCCGAGCCCCCUCCUCUGCCCCACCGCCACCUCCACCCUCCAGACCGGGCAUGAACGCCCCACCUCCACCCCCUCCACCCUCCAGAGGGCCUCUGCCUCCCCCACCCCAGCCUGCCCACGCCUCCAUCGCUCCUCCAGGGCCUCCUCCACCUCCCCCUCCCUCUUCCUCCUCCUCCUCUGCCGCCUCCUCUCCAUCUAUGGGUGGAGGAGGAGGAGCGCCCCCACCUCCUCCGCCACCUCCACCCCCACCGGGACCCCCACCCCCGGGGCCGCCCCCGCUGCCUGAGAACGGCGGGGACGCGCUGGAGUCGCCCGGCUCCGGGGGCAAGUCGGCGCUGCUGGAGCAGAUCCGCGGCGGCACCCAGCUGAAGAAGGUGGAGGCCAACAACAAGCCCGCCGCUACGUCCAUCGGCCGCGACGCACUCCUUGACCAAAUACGACAGGGCAUCCAGCUCAAGACUGUGACUGAGAGCCAGGACUCGGCCCCAUCCACCCCGGCGGCGUCUGCGGGCAUCGUGGGAGCCCUGAUGGAAGUGAUGCAGAAGAGGAGCAAGGCCAUCCACUCUUCUGAUGAAGAUGAGGAUGAUGAAGAGGAAGACUUUGAAGAUGAUGAUGAUGAAUGGGAUGACUAGUGAACCCCCCCUCAGCCCCCCCCCCCUUCCCCUUCCUAAGUAAUAAUGACACUAAAUUGCUCCUGUCUUUCUAAAAUCUUAUUCAAAUUAUAAUGUAAAUGUUCUAUCAGUUUUUUUUUCUUCUUCUGUAUAUUUUUGUUGCCUUUAAGCUUUUUUUUAUCAUUAAUCUGUGCAAUACCUCAUUUAAUCUGUAAAGGUUUGUCAUCCUCUGUAAAGUUGUUUUUCUUCAUUAACGUGCAAUUUUACAUCAAGUUUUUCUUGAUUUGUAGAGUUGAUUUUUUUUUUUUCUUUUUUUUUUUCGUCAGUUCGAAGGGAGAACUAUGGAUCAGAGCUGAUGGAACCCUUAAUGUUGUAAUGUCAGUCAAAAGUGAAAACACUAUUUUCAUACCUUUAUUCUUCUGUACUCAAAAUUUUCUUUUUCUUAUCGAAAUCUAGUUUAGCACUAUUUUUUUUCUUGAGAAUCAGCUCUUUGGAAUAUUCAGGCCCAUUGCUGUUGAUGAAAUUGAUUUUUGUAAAUUUACUCAAGAGUAUGAGUCUGUUAUAUUUUUGCACGAAUUGAGAAGAUAAAAAAUGAAACAAAAAAAGAUAGAAAGAAGCAGAUAUCCACUACAUAGGAACAGGACAAUAUCAUAACUGUAUUUAAACAACAAAGAAAUCUUCUCUGGAGCAACCCUGAAAAAUCUAUUACGUAAAAAAAAAAAGCGAAAAGAAUUGAACACUACGCAAAAAUGCAACACUACAGCAUACCCGUAGGCCGUAACUCUAACUUUACAGGUGCAUACUUUUUUCUGUUUCUAUUUUUGUUUGUUUUGUAAAUUUUUUUUUGUUUUUAAAAAAAAACUCAACACUAGCGUACCGUCAAUGUAGUCAUGUAUAUCUUUUACUCCCACACCCCCCACCCUUCGGAACUCGGAAGAGGAAUCUUGGGUCUUCAGCACUCUAAUCAGUGGCGCAUUCAAGUAAAUGAUCGUUUAAACGAGGGAACAACAUCCCGGUGAUCUAUCUCUCUUUUUCUUUGUUUGUUUGUUUGUUUGUUUGUUUUUUAAAUCAUGCCAACCUGCUGCAUUGUUACCUUAAUAACUGAGUCACGUGACUAGUGGCCACUGCUCACAAACACUAGAUUAACCCAUUCAUUCCCCUAUGGGGCGCUAUUGCUUGGGGCCAUAGCUUGAUUCACUGACGUAACAUGCAGGGACGUGGCUACUGACAGACCGUGGGAACACUAGAAGCGACAAAUGCAGAAUGAUUUUGUUUUGUUUUUUAUAUGCAGAGCAGUUGUUGUCUGAGUUUUAUUAUCAAUUUCUCUUUCGGUUGUUCCUCAACAGGAAAUAGCUUUGCAUUAAGAAACCACACAGACAUCAAACAUAGGUUGGAAAAAGAAUUAAGUCGUACACUCAAAUAAAUGUUAAUAUUUACAGAUU